AUGGACAGCCUCCCGGUCGAGCUGCUCCAGCUUAUCCUUGGCUACUGCGACUCGGAAUCCAUCCGCAACCUUCGUCUUCUCACACCGACGCUGGCCGAUAUUGGCUACGACUAUCUCCUGCCGCCAGACUUUUUUGCUUUGCCAUGGCGCGACGACGUUGCACGUUUACGUGCUAUUGCCACCCAUGAGCGCCUGCGCUUCAGUAUCAAGUCCGUCACCUUCAACUUCACCGAGGUGGACAUCGAAAACGCCCGCCAGGCCACGUACUACGAGACUAUGCACUACCGCCCUGACCACCAGACAAAUGUAUUGACAAAAGCAUGGCGCCAGUGCGCCGAGUUUGAGCAGCGUCGCCUUGCCAUCACGCCUCUACACGCUCUGGACCCGGCUGACUUGGCCGCCACGUUCCGCUCACUCGUCAAUCUGCACACGCUCGCUGUUACGUUCCGCCAUACGCCUUACGACAUUGACGAGCUACGCAUGGCCAUGCUCAAUCCUGCCAGUUCCAAGAUGAACUACGGCGCCGCCAUCAAGCGCCUCAAUGUCCUCAUGGCAGCCCUGCAGCAGGCAUGUGCAUCCCGGCCGGCGUCGGGGUCGUCCUUUGGGCACAGCACCCGCAGCAGCCGCAGCUCGCGCGGCGACCUGUUCUCGUUUCCCUCGUCGGCAUCUGCCUAUGCCUCGGCACCCACCUCCGCCGUGGCGUCGGCCGCCGCCUCGAUCGCAUCCACUCGCACGUCGUCCCCUGUCUCUUCCGCUGUUUCUUCGCCGGCCCCGUCGUCACCCGCAUCCCCGUCAGCAGCAGCAGACGAGCCCGCAAGCCGUUGCCGCCUCGACUCCUUUUCUAUUGAUCGUCUGCCCUUUGAACUGUUUCGCCACCAGGCCGACCGCCGCCUGUGGUUCCAGUGCCGUGACGUAUUUGGCGGACUGACACUGCUCGAGCUGGCGCUCGAUACGUCCAACGUCGGAUUCCCCCUCGCCAAAGUCAAAGCAGUCAAUGGCUUGGGCUACGUCCUGCGCAUGGCGCCGAAUCUAACUCACUUGUCGCUUGCGUUUCACAAUCACUCCAUUGCCCGCGAGCUUUUCAUGCUGUCGCUGCGAGAGCUGCUGGGCGAGACGGGCAGCCUGGAAGGGCCGCCUCUGGUCAGCAACAGUCAUGGUUUCGCCGCCCCCAGUAGUUCCAGCGCAAGUGACAGCGGGUUCCGCUUCCGCGCUCUGACGGAUCUCAAGCUGGAGGGUGUCGUGUGCGACGAGAGUGACUUGCGUGGCUUUCUGCUGCGGCACGCUGCCACCCUCGAACGCCUCCGUCUCGGCGGGCGCGGCAUGGCCGGCGGCAGCUUUGACUUGCCCAUGGGCGGUGUCCGCCUGAGCAACGGCACGUUUUGGUCGCUGUUCCGCAGUCUGCGCGGCGGCCGGUUGCCGCAUCUGCAGCGCAUGCACCUUGAGGGCGCGUUUUUCUGCGAGACCGGGACGCUCGUGGACGGACCAGGUGUUGCAAGUCAUGUCGGUGCCGGUGAUGCUGGAAAUGCCACCGGUGACGCCGUUGGCAAUGCAGGCUCCGACGUUGGCGACACUGCCGCAGAUGCUGUACCUCCACCCCCUCCCCCUCCUCCGGCUCACCCAACCCACCCAAACCUUGCACGGACACGCUACGAGCACUACCUCUUCCGCGCCAUCACCGACGACGAGUGGGAACCGGCCACACCGGAACGUGCAGGCCCCGUCACCGCCCGUUCCAUGACCUCGGAGUCCUUUGAAGCAUAUGUGCUGGGCCGGCAAAACGAAUAUCCAGGCCGCUUCCAAGGCUGA